ACUGUUUGUGAACAAAACCGAGCAAGUCAUCACUCAAAUCUCUCCCUGUCACUCUCUUCGUAAUAAAAUCAACUGAAAGUUUUAAACUUUGCAAAGAAACGCUAUCAAAUUGUACAGUAAACAAUCCGCGUUUCACAAAUGAGUAGUAGCAGCACCAACAUAGCAACACCUCCUCCAGAGGAUGCAUGGAUUGAUACAUAUAAAAAACUGCUUCCUCACUGGAAAUCUCUUGCUUUAGCUCAUCAGUCAUCGAUACCUAUUUCAAUAUCGAGAGUUAAUCAGUUUGAUGCUGCAAGAUUGGACAUUGAAAUGUCGGCUAUGUUAAAAGAACAGUUGGUUAAGGUCUUCUCUUUGAUGAAGCCAGGAAUGUUAUUUCACUAUGAACCGGAACUUGAUGCGUUCCUUGAGUUUCUCAUCUGGCGGUUCUCAAUUUGGGUAGAUAAGCCAACUCCGGGGAAUGCUCUUAUGAAUUUGAGAUAUAGAGAUGAACGUGCAAUGGAGGCAAGAGCAAAAGUUAGAACAGGUUUGGAGGGACCUGGUCUUACAGUUGCUCAAAAGUUUUGGUAUUGCGUCGCUACUGUUGGUGGCCAGUAUAUAUGGUCCCGCCUACAGUCAUUUUCUGCUUUUCGUAGAUGGGGUGACUCUGAGCAGAGGCCAUUGGCUCGACGAGCAUGGAUUUUAAUACAACGUAUUGAAGGAAUUUACAAGGCUGCCUCAUUUGCAAACCUACUGAUAUUUCUUUAUACAGGAAGGUAUAGGAACCUCAUUGAAAGAGCUUUGAGAGCAAGGCUUGUCUAUGGGACUCCUAACAUGAAUCGAGCUGUUAGCUUUGAGUACAUGAAUCGCCAGUUAGUGUGGAAUGAAUUUUCGGAAAUGUUGUUGUUACUUCUCCCUCUUCUUAACUCAUCAACCUUUAAAAAUAUAUUCUUCCCAUUCUCAAAGGAUAAAUCUUCAAGCUCCACAGAAGAUGACACUACUUGUCCGAUUUGCCAAGCAAGUCCAACCACUCCAUUUCUUGCCCUCCCUUGCCAACACAGGUACUGUUAUUACUGCCUUAGGACACGUUGUGCUGCAGCUGCAUCAUUCCGGUGUUCCAGAUGCAGCGAGCCAGUAAUUGCCAUGCAGCGGCAUGGUGUAGUCGACCAUAAAGUUCCAAGUCAAUGAUACUUAUUUAGAAAGAAGAAAAGUCAUAUCAACUUAGAGUACUGUAUAAAAAAGAGCCUGAUUAUGGCAAACUACUUCGAAAGAGAAAUUACGACCCAUGUUCAAAACAUUUUUUCCCCAUUGGAUGGGGGAUCAAUCAUUCUUAAUGAGGUGAUUUCUUCCUCGUUUACAACAAAA